GCGUCUGACUAGAGCGCGCAGCGGUUUACCUCAACUCUUUGGAUCCGCUGUGAAUGAAGAACUCUUCCAGACACCUCGGAUCAUCCGACUGCAUUCUGUCACGCCGUAGAAAACUAAGAAAACACACUGGCAUCUAUAUUCAUCUCCGUCCGUCGAUCCGGAGGCGUUUGUUACACACACACACUGGACGUUUGUGACGGUUUUUACGUCUGAAGAAAGAACGGAAGAAGGACUAUUUUAGCUUUAAGUUAGUUUUUAUCUUUUGUCACAUGAAGGAUAUGGGCAUAUGUGGAAAUGUUGCGUUUUGUGCCAUGGUGCUCUUCUACUGCUCUUUCAUUACAGGUGAUUAUCUGUGCAUGUCGUCUGCGGCUAACGUGCCUUUACCACCUCACACCUCCGUGAGGAGAAGAGACGGCGUCACUGAUGUCAACGUGACCUCGACCCCCAGCAGCGAUCAGACACAGUCCUCUACUAACAUCACCAACAGCACUGAGCCCACGCCACAAACGGACACCACAACAACAGGGAUUUUGGUGAACCCAUCCGCCCCGGCGGAGAACGUCAGUUUCUCUAAGAACAUCACAGACAGUCGAAAUGCCUCUGAUGUGUCACCUGUGAAUAAUGAGACAGCAGUUACCACACGAAAACCUUCUACACUGCCGCCACCAACAACCCAUGAGCCCACAAGCACCGUCCACAUCAGCACGCUCCACCCGACAUCCACCGCCACGGGAACCAGCAGAGCUCCAGACACGAGCAGCCCGGAAACAACGAGCGCUCGCAGCAGACGGAGACCCACACUGCCGCCAUCAUCAACCACAGUGCUCACCACACAGAUGACAGCCAGCAGCAGCCCCGUGCAGGCCAAAGCCCACGCCGACACACCCUCGGCUCUGAACGUCGGAGACGAUGACAACAGCAAAGCAACCACUGACCCGCUCCUGGCUGGACUGGUGUCGGCGUUCGUCGUCGUCGCCGCCAUCGUGUCGGUCCUCAUAUUUCUCAAAUUCAGAAACACAAAUGACGGCCCAGAGUUUCGCAGACUUCAGGAUCUCCCCAUGGAUGAUAUGCUGGAGGACGCACCGCUCUCCAUGUACAGCUACUAAAAACCCAGAUGUUCUUCAGACAUCUUCAGAGCCCAACAUCCUCUCAUCAACACAGCACAGACACAAUUAAAUGUGCUUUAUAGAGGCACAAACACUCCUGUUGUUUCUGUUACAGGACUAAAUGUAGCAUAAUACUCCACUACAGCUGGUAAAUUCACCGUGGCCGUCAAUUCCUGUUCGUUGGGUCGUUUUCUUGCACUUUACGUGGGGUUUGGGAAGGGUCGUGUGCUGCGGGAAUAUUUGGGAGCUGUUUUUGGCUGUAUGUGUUCAUUUGUUUCUCUGAUAGUCGUGUCGUCUCUGGAUCUGCUUCAGCUGUGUGUGUUACAUUGUCUAAUUCUAGAAUUAACCAACUGCUUUGUUGUUGUUGUUUUUUUUUUUU